AUGGGAUCCCUCAUCAGCGACUAUGAGAACCGUUACUUCGGCAAACAACCUUGGUGGAAGGAUGCUCUGUUCUACCAAGUUUACCCCGCUAGUUUCAAGGACUCCAAUGGCGAUGGCUGGGGUGAUCUACCCGGUCUGAUUUCCAAGAUUGACUACCUUGAAGAGCUCGGUGUCGAUGUCGUAUGGGUAUCGCCCAUAUUCGAAAGCCCGCAGAAAGACAUGGGCUACGACGUGUCCGACUACCAAAAGAUAUAUGCCCCCUAUGGUACUGUCGAGGAUGUCGACACCCUCCUGGAAGAAUGCCACAAGAGGGGGAUGAAGGUCAUCCUCGACCUCGUUGUCAACCACACCUCUGUCGAACACGAGUGGUUCAAAGAAUCCCGCUCUUCGAAAGACAACCCCAAGCGCGACUGGUACAUUUGGAAACCCGCGCGUUACGACCACAACGGGAAGAAGCGCCAUCCGCCCACCAACUGGCGUGGUUAUUUCGCCGGCCCGACCUGGACCUGGGACGAACAGACCCAAGAAUACUACCUGCACCUCUACGCCCCCGACCAGCCAGACCUGAACUGGGACAACGCCGAGUGCCGUGAGGCCAUCUACGAGAAAACCAUGCGCUUUUGGCUCGACCGUGGCGUCGACGGCUUCCGCAUCGACACCGUGAACAAGUACUCCAAGAGGACCGACUUCGUCGACGCCCCAAUCACCGAUCACACCUCCCCCCACCAGCCGGCACCCGAGAUGUGGUGCAACGGCCCGCGCAUCCACGAGUUCAUCCACGAGAUGAACCGCAACAUCCUCGCCCCCUACAACGCCGUCUCCGUCGGCGAGCUGUCCCUCACGCCGCACCCUCACCAGGUCAUCCCUUACGUCUCCGCCCAGGCCCAGGAGCUCGACAUGGUCUUCGAGUUCUCCGUCAUUCGCCUGGGCAACGGCAACGGCUUCGGCGCCAAGUACAUCUACGACCCUUUUCCCCUCUCCACCCUGAAGCGCCUCACCGCCAAGUGGCAGUCCUUCAUCGAAGGAACGGACGCCUGGGCCACCGCCUUCUGCGAGAACCACGAUAACGGCCGUGCCGUGUCGCGCUUCGGCGACGCGAGCACCCCGGAGCUCUGGUCCCGGUCCGCCAAGACCAUCGCACUGUGGCAGGCCACCAUGACGGGCACCCUGUUCCUGUACCAGGGCCAGGAGAUCGGCAUGACGAACAUGCCGCCCUCGUGGGGCGUGGAGGAGUACAAGGACAUCGAGAGCUCCAAUUUUUAUGCCGAGGCCGUGCAGUCGGGCGACGGGGAGAGGGUCCGCAAGACGAUAGACGGGUUGAGGAUACUGGCCAGGGACCACGCGCGGAUCCCCUUCCAGUGGAGCGACGAGCCCAACGCCGGGUUCUCGGACGCGGGCGCGAAGCCCUGGAUGCGCGUCCAUGACGAUUACGUGGCCAUAAAUGCCGCCAAGCAGCGGCACGACCCGGACUCGAUCCUCUCGUUCUACAAGCACGUCUUGAAGCUGCGGAAGCGGUACAAGGACGUCUUCGUCUUUGGCGCGCACAAGCUGCUCGAUCCAGACGAUGAGGAGGUCUGGGCCUAUGUUAAGGAGAGCCCCUGUCCCGUGAACGGGAGGGACGGGAUGCCGAGGAAGGCGCUGGUGAUGAUGAACUUUUCCAGGUCGGAAAGGGAUGUUGGCGACAUAGCAAACGCAUUAGGAUGCAAGGAGGGCGAUGUACAUCUUCUCGUCGGGACCGCUGAUUCCCUCGAUUCGGACCGGACGACUGCAAGUAAGGGGGGGCCAUGGCCUGGUCUUGCGGCAUGGGAGGGACGGGUCUACACAAAUUUUGAACCCCUGAUGACAUGA